CUAUGCCGACUCAUACGCCCAUUUUGGCAUCCACGAGGAGAUGUUGAAAGACUCUGUCCGCACGGGAUCGUACCGUUCUGCGAUCGUGAACAAUGCCCAUCUCUUCAAGGGAAAGACCGUCUUAGAUGUCGGCUGUGGAACUGGUAUCCUGAGCAUGUUUGCUGCCAAGGCUGGCGCGAAGCAUGUCGUUGGUAUCGAUAUGUCCAACAUUCUUGAUCAAGCCCAAAAAAUAAUUGAAGCCAAUGGCUUCAAAGAUACGAUCACUCUCGUCAAGGGGAAACUGGAAGAUGUCGAGCUGCCGAUCCAAGAAUUUGAUAUUAUCAUCUCGGAGUGGAUGGGAUAUUUCCUUUUGUAUGAGUCCAUGCUCGACACCGUUCUUUUGGCGCGCGACAAGUACCUCAAGAAGGACGGAUUGAUAUUCCCGGACACUGCUACACUCUACAUGGCAGCUAUAGAGGAUCAGGAUUAUAAGGAGGAAAAGAUCAAUUGUGCGCAUGGUCUCCUAGCGGCUCAAUUGUCCUGUCCUGAUGAUCCAAAGUCUGGGACAACGUUUACGGGUUCG